AUGUACAUUCUACUCAAUCGGUAAUCGAUAGUAUUCACGUUUUUCAUAAUUUCUCUUCGUGUUACCAGUUCUAGCUUCAAAAUGGGCACAGAUGGCGUAUGAAACAAUCGCGCAAAGCGGCAUGAAGCAAAACACCGGCGUGGUCGUUCUCAAGCUUCUUCUUGACAGUGUAUAUUUACCGUUUCUGUCUAAAAGUUGUUGGUAUUAUUCCCAGUUAAUCUUAACUCAAUUUCCUUAGUCAUUAAAGAUAUGGAUGUUCAAAGACAUUCAGUACACACAUUGGUAUUUCGUUCUUUAAAAAGAACUCAUGACAUGUUCUUAUUAAAUCAAGGAACUUUACCACCAGUGGAUCCAUAUUUGCAAAAAAUAAAGAAGUCCACAAAAGCAAAAGAUUGUUAUGGUCCAGUAUUAGAACUUGUUAGACAGAAUAACAUAGCAAAAGUACAACAAGAAAACGAUAAUACAGAUCCUCCACCACCAGGAGAUGACUCUUUUGGAAGUAAUAUUACUUCUGCAAUUGUUCCUUAUAAUGCAACACAAGGAAGUACAGGAGUGGUUGCGUUACCAGCUGGAGCAAGUAACACCAAUAGUAAUGCUUUAACAAUACCACCAAAGAAAACACCAUCAAUGGCAAAACCAAAGUGGCAUGCACCCUGGAAAUUAUACAGAGUUAUCAGUGGUCAUCUCGGGUGGGUUCGAUGUUGUGCUAUUGAACCUGGCAAUGAAUGGUUUGCUACUGGCUCAGCUGAUAGAGUAAUCAAAAUAUGGGACCUAGCAAGUGGUAAAUUAAAAGUCUCUCUGACUGGUCAUAUAAGCAGUGUUCGUGGACUCGCGUUUUCUCAGAGACAUCCUUACCUGUUUUCCUGCGGCGAGGAUCGUCAAGUGAAAUGUUGGGAUCUUGAAUAUAACAAGGUAAUACGGCAUUAUCAUGGUCAUUUAUCGGCGGUAUAUUCCAUGGCGUUGCAUCCUUCUAUAGACGUUCUCGUAACAGCAGGACGAGAUUCUACUGGGAGAGUGUGGGAUAUGCGUACCAAGGCAAAUGUUCAUACGCUUGUCGGACACACCAAUACAGUCGCUAGUGUGAUUUGUCAAUCUGCUGAACCACAAAUUGUUACCGGCAGCCAUGAUUGCACAAUUCGUCUAUGGGACUUGGCUGCUGGAAAAUCUAGAGCUACUUUGACCAACCAUAAGAAGAGUGUGAGAGCUGUAACAUUCCAUCCAUCACUGUAUAUGUUCGCAUCUGCAUCACCAGACAAUAUUAAGCAAUGGAAGUGUCCAGAAGGAAAAUUUAUUCAAAAUUUAUCUGGUCACAACGCUAUAGUAAACUGUUUAGCCGUAAAUCUUGAUGGAGUUUUAGUCUCCGGCGCCGACAAUGGUACUAUGCAUCUUUGGGAUUGGAGAACUGGAUACAAUUUCCAACGACUCCAAGCGCCAGUACAACCUGGUUCUAUGGACAGUGAGGCUGGAGUGUUUAGUAUCACCUUUGAUAUGUCAGGCACUCGUAUGAUUACGACAGAAGCCGAUAAAACAAUAAAAGUGUACAAAGAAGAUGAUACUGCGACCGAAGAAACCCAUCCCGUUAACUGGAGACCCGACAUAAUAAAACGAAGGAAGUACUGAAUGAGCAUCUCGUGGUGUAACUUUUAUGUUUGGCAUUUUUAUAAAUCUAUGCAGAAUUUAAAUAUUACACUCACAUAUUGAAAAAUGUAACCAUCGCAUAUAUAAAUAGAAAAGAAGCAUAGGACUGAAACAAAUAUAUACAUGUAUGAGUAA